GGGGGUGGUGGGGUGGGGGCGCAUCUGUUUGGGUUUUAAAUAUAACCGUAUUCAUUCAUGGGAGCGAUUUGAUAUGACUGAGGCACCGUGGAUCGGAAAUUCUGUUUGUGAUCUGUGCCCUUUAUCACCAGCUUCCUGUUACCGUUUGCCCUUGGUGUGGGGAGGGCCCCGCCAGCGCUUGUCACACACUGGGGAUAUCGUCCCCCCACACACACACAGUUGCGUCUUUUGACCAACAAGCGAUUGACUGCAAAGUGAAAUGGCUACCGCUGUACCUGAAGGUUUUCGCUAUGAGACCAGAUAUGUCGUGUUGAACUAUCUGGGGCUGGUCUCGAAACAAAAGGUUCCUGGGGCCACAGGCGAGGGAUCACUGCCAACAGAAGUGUCUCCUUUGGAUAAAGAUGUAGCAGAGAAAGUUAAUGCAGACAUAGAAGAAGAACUCAAACUUCUGCAUGAUGAGAUUAAUAAAGCUUUUACCAGUACAGGGUUUGAGUGCCAUACAUCUCCUAUAUUUAGUCCAGCAAAUCCAGAAAGUUCAAUAGAAGACUGCUUGGCCCAUCUUGGAGACAAAGUAUAUCAGGAGCUAGAUGUGCAACUGCAGACAGCACUCCUAACCAUUCUUAACUCGCCCCUCCAGUAUGAGGUUUACAAAGAGCAGAUAUGUCAAGCUGCCAGCCACACAACUGGAUGGAAUAAGGUUCUGGUUUCCCUGGUGUUACUGCAGCAGCUACUGAAAGUGUUGAGCAGACGGGGAGAGCAACCAUUGAAAGCACUACUGCAUUUUGGUGUGAAAUACAUUGAAGAGUUUGAAGCUGAUUAUAUCAUCCAACAAGGAGGAUGGGGAACUGUCUUCAGUCUGGAUUCUGAAGAGGAAGAAGAGGAGCAAGGAGAAACUGCAGACGAUAGUAAUGAUAUUUAUAUCCUAACAAGUGAUAACUCUGGUCAAGUAAGUCCUCCUGAACCUCUAACAGUAACAAGUUCUUGGCAGGCGGCAAGUUUGCCAACCUCAUUGUCUACUAGCCAAAGCUGGCAUACUGAAGUCCUACCGGCUUCUCUUGGCACCGAGUCGUGGCAACAGUUAUCCAUGGAUCCAGAGGAUGUGAAAAGCGUGGACAGUAAUGGUGGUGGUGAAGAAAGAAGUGAAAACAAUUCUUCCAAUUCUGAUAUUGUACAUGUGGAGAAAGAAGAGAUUAUUGAAGCUGUUGAAGAGAGCCAGGAAAUGGAGCUAACAGUUCCAGUAACUACAGCAGCCAAGGAAGCAGAAUCUCUUCCUGUUAUACAAACUGCAUCAAUGGAGAAUAAGCCUUCAGCUGAAGCACAGGAAGUGGCUGAAAGUGCUCCUUUUUCUACCCCUGCCCCCCCAGCCACCUCUGUAAAACAGGAAAAAACCGAACAUGAAAUGUCCGGCAAACCAAGUGAAUUGCUUCAAUCAUCCUUCCCACUGGAAAUACAAAAACAACUGGAGGAAUUCAAGAAAAGUGAUAGGGAAGAACAUGUGCCAGAAGAAACUAAGCCUGAAGGGGAGAUUGGAACAGAGGAAAAGGUUGAAAAGGCUCACCUGACGAAGCUAGAAGCUACGGAAGAGACUUUUCCUCCCGAAGGAGAAAACGAGGACAAAUCUAUUUUGUUUUAUGGUGGAGCUGCCGUUGUAAUGUUAGUUGUAGCAGUUGGGGUGGCUCUUGCUUUGAGAAAAAAAUAAUUUAAGUAAAUGAACAGUUCAUCAUUCAGAAAAGUAAUUGGGAAGACCUUUCUAUUCUACAAUUGAUUUGUUUUGUGACAGGAAUCAAGCCUGUUUAUUAAGUUGCAUAGCAGAACAUGCAAUGAGUGAAGAAAAUACAGUUAAUGAGGGCAGAUAAUGAAUACAAAUGCAUGAAAAUUUUGUAAUGCUAACAUACUGAGAGAAUAUAAACUUAGUUUGUGAUACAAAAUAAAUCGUGGAAUACAGGAAGUGUCCUAUACAAAUCUGUAUGCAAUAGAAUCUCUGGGAAUAAACUGGUGGUAUAAUCCAAAAUACCAUUUACUAUUGAAACAAAAAAAAGCUAUAAAAAAAAGCCUUUGAAACUAAGUCUAUGAUAUGGAAGAGAACUUUGUUAAAUGUUCCUUUCUAGGCAAAUUGGUGUCAGGUUUUAGUUAAUUGGGGGGCAUAUUUUUAUCUGUAUACUGUUUUUUUUCUUUCUGUUCUUUUGAUUCUUAUUGCUAUAACAUUACUCUUCUGUUUUUAAAUUGUUGAAUAUUCUUUAGUCACUCAUGUGAAGACUAGUUCACUUAGUUGUUUUGUCUAUUCUGUGCUGAAUUUUGUUCUCCCCUGCUUUCAUCUUCCUUGCUUUUUUUUUUGGCUUCAUAGAGAAAAGAUGUGUGUUUACUGGUGAGAAGUGAGAACUUCAUUAGCACGGUGUGCCUAUGCGUUAGUGACAUUUAAUGUAGCUGUGGAUAGCUACUACUACUGCUGGCGUUAUUAAGAAACCGGAUUUGAUGUGCCAUUUCUCACAAGGCAGUUAACAUCAAUUGUAUUUAGUUAAACACGGUUGUAGUAGAACUUCUGAAAUUCACAUAUUCCCAAUUUAGACAGCACAGUCGAUUUCAAUAGUAUCUAAAAGUUGGUUUUUUAAGCCCAUGCUUUGCAAUUUGUACUGAAUUUCAUAAAUGAGUUAAAGACAAUAAAAUGUAGACUGUUUUGGGGUGUUUAUUUUCAGAAAAAACUUCCAUCAUUAUAUAUUCAGUUAGUCUGUUCAAAUGGUUUAUAAUCUCCACAAGAUCCUAUUUUUAAAACAAAUCAAUUUCUUAGGUGGUUCAUUUUACUUCUGAAAUAAAAUGUUGUAUUACAGUAUCUAGAAAUUAGCUAGAAGUUUGAGCAGUUUUAGUACAAGUAUAAAUUUGAAAAUAUAGAAUUGAUUGUAACUUAAGAAUUAUUACAUUAUAAAAUGCACUCUGAUUUAGAGGAUGUAAUAAUCUGCAAGAGACUAAGAAAAAAAUCCAGGAGAGAAUAAAAAUAACAAGAUGCAGUGAAUUUCAUGGUAUGCUUGACAACACUCUCUGUGAUCUUUAAAUACAGUAACAGUAGUUUUUUACAAUAUGCUGGAUUUCUUUAUUUUUGUUUGUUUAAGAAAGGAAAUAAUUGACAUAAUGGUAUCCAUCAAACUAAAGAUGUUUUAUACAUAGUGAUGGAUUUUAUCAUCUGGAUUGCUUUUAAAUAGCAAUUGUGGGUGCUUCAAAGCUUAAUAAGGUUUCAGCAAUGGAAAUCCAUAUUUAUCACUUGUUGAAACUUGGUGGUUAAUGGAGUUGCAUUAAGCUGUGGGACAUUGACUUUCCUGUUAUUCGGAUCAUUUUCUCCCAGGUCCAUUUGUGAUCCCAACUACUAGUCACAUUUGUGAGACUUGAUCACAGUUGUCUCUGCCUAUACUUUGCCAUCAAAUAUACAACUGGCAAAAUGUAGUUUCCAAACUUUUUGUUGUACCCAUAUGGAGUUCCUGUUUGUUAAGUAAAAAUUAAGCAUGUAAUAUUC